AUGCAUGCAGCAGUCGGUCGUUUGGCCCUGACCGCCUGGGUCGCGGGCCUGGGCCUCGCGGGCGCCUUUCCUUUCGAGCGUCGCGGUGGACAGGGACAGAAGCCGGUUCCAGAUGAUUACUAUGUCUCUCUAGGUCCUCGUCCAUACUACCUCAUCCAGAACAUGACCGACGGACCCCUCAAGUCCAAGCUGGAGUCGUGUGAGAAUGGUCCGUUUGAAGUCACCUCCUGGAGCAUUGGACACAGAGGGGGAGGCACUCUACAAAUCCCGGAGGAGACGGUGCAGUCGACCUUGGCCGGAGCGAGAAUGGGAGCCGGGAUCUUGGAGUGUGACGUGUCUUUCACCAAAGAUCGAGGCCUGGUGUGCCGGCACGACGUGUGUGAUCUGCAUACCACGACCGACAUCUUGCUCCGGCCCGAGCUGGCGGCCAAAUGCACGCGACCGUUCACUCCGGCCAACGCGACGCACGCGGCGUCUGCUCUGUGCUGCACCAGCGACAUCACCACGGAAGAAUUCACGUCUCUUUGCAGCAAGAUGGACGGGUUCAACGCGACGGCCACGACGGCCGAGGACUUCCAACAUGGGGUGCCCUUCUUCCGCACCGAGCUCUACGACACCUGUGGCCAAGUCAUGACGUUGGACAGCUACAUCGAGCUGGUUGAUUCUCUGCCGGGCCAUCGCAACUUCACGCCCGAACUGAAGACUCCUCCGGCGGCGGUGCCCAUGCCGUUCCACGGCUACACGCAGGCCCAAUAUGCGCGGGACAUGAUCGACACGUUCAUCGCGCACGGCAUCAGCCCCGCGCGCGUCUAUCCGCAGUCCUUCACGCCGGCCGACGUCUAUCUCUGGCUGAACGAGUACCCGGCGUGGGGGGCACAAGCCGUCUUCCUCGACGAGGACGGCGACGACCCGGCCAACUUCACCACCGCCGUCAAUCGUCUGCCUGCGCUCAAGGCCAGCGGGGUCAACAUCAUCUCUCCACCCAUCAACUACCUGCUGGCCGUGGGCGGGCCGGACAACAAGACGGUCGUGCCGUCCGACUAUGCGAUUGUGGCUAAGCAGGCUGGCCUGGAAAUCAUCUCGUGGUCUUUUGAGCGUUCGGGGCCGCUGACCCGCGUCCUGGCUGAUGAUGAUUAUUACUAUUCCUCCGUGGCUCCGAUCAUGCAUUACGACGGCCAGAUGUACGAGGUGCUGGAUGUGCUGGGUCGUCAAAUCGGUGUCAAGGCCAUGUUCUCCGACUGGUCCGCUACCGUUACUUACUAUGCCAAUUGUUUUGGACUUAAGGGGCCGGGGCAUUAG